GGAAGGGGAGAGGAGGCAGUGCUGGAGGACGUUGCAUAGAGGAGGUCAUUUAUCCAACACUUGCCUUGAAAAAAGAAUCUGGCAGAGGAGGAAGGUGAUCGUGCAGGUCAAGGCUGUUUGGAGAGGAAAGGAGGAUGAGGGGAGAGCUGCGCCCAGUCGGUCCAGAAGCAAGGAAAGGCCCUGAUGCCACUGAGGCUGGGAGCACAAGGGAACUGUUGGGAGGAACCAUACAGAAGAGCCUGGGAGAGGAUUUUCCCCCUCCAGAUGUGCAGCAUCAGCAAUUCCAGCACUUCUGUUACCAGGAGGCCGAAGGGCCCCGAAAGGUCUGCAGCGAACUCCACCGCCUUUGCCUCCAGUGGCUGAAGCCAGAAAGGCACAGCAAGAAGGAGAUCCUGGACCUAGUGAUACUCGAUCGAUUCCUGACCAUCCUACCCCCAGAGAUGGAGAACUGGGUCAGGGAAUGUGGGCCGGAGAGCAGUUCCCAGGCAGUGGCCCUGGCAGAAGGGUUCCUCCUGAGCCACGCAGAUGACAAGAAUCCAGGCCAGCAAACAAAACCUUGAAACCAACAAUAAAUUCUUUACCAACUGUUUGCAGCAGAAAUAAAGCAACUUCCAUGUGGACAGAAUGGGUAAGUAUGGAACUGCAGUUC